AUGAGCCAUCGCACUCAGCAAGUGAGCCAACACCUCGCCCAAGGCGGCAGAUUCCCCAACGCUGGGCUGGUCAGGGAUGGUUGGUCCAAGGAGGAUGAAGCUACCGCAACCUGCUACUGUGGCAGCGUUCAGCUUGCCUUUUCGACAGUCAAGCCAGGAUUGGUGGACACGUUCGUCUGCAACUGCACAGACUGCCGCAAGAUCACCGCCUCCAUGUUCGCCUCCAACUUUAUCGUCAAGGACACGCAUCUGAAGCACUUGCGCGGCGAGUCGACGCUGCGCCAAUUCGGUCAGUCCGAGACGAUCACGUCCGGCAAGAAGAUGACGAAUCAUUUCUGCGGCAACUGCGGAACGCUCAUGUACCGCGUCGGCGAAGCUUUUCCCGGUGUCAAGAUUCUACGCAUCGGCACGGUGGACGACUUUGAGCUGCACGAGACCAAGUUGAAACCUCGCAUCGAACAAUUCACAAAGGAUCGGGUCGCGUGGCUGCAUGGCGCGGAGGGGGUACAGCAGGAGAGUGGGAGCUACUACGGAUAG